AUGGCAGUGGAGCCACGCGUUAGUGGUGGUGGGGGUGUUGCCUGCUCUCUUGGCUCUGGGCGAGAUCCAACUACCGACAAUGUCAUUCUCCACGUCUCGACAGAUCUGCUGCUGCAGUACACGACGAUGGAAAGUAUGGGGCACUGGCUCAAUUUUACGGCGGCUUCCUUGACUUCGAAGCACACGCAAGCAGCCGUCAUCUCUGGGCCCCGGACCAUUAAGCCGAGACAGUGGCGCCCUGUAACUAUCGAUUAUCGACCUUGCAAUCCGGCUGCUGCCGCUGACCGUGCUUGGACGCCCUCAAUUAGCUUGUAUCAGGUCACCGUCCUCAGGGGUUUUCAUCUCCAGCAACACCUCGCAGCUCCAUGCGUGAUGCUGGCCAAGUCGGGAGAGCGGGGCGAACCCAGACCUUCCGCAGCUUCGAUUCUGGCUUCGAUUGCAACCCUCCACAUCGGGAUGUGGUUCCUGCGGCCCCUGAAAUUAGCCCGUGCUCUUCUGGCCCUGUCAGCGGCCAAAGCUUCACGCCGAUCCGCGUGCAUGGGGAAAAAGAUGCGAGUCAAGCCACCACGAGUUCUGAGAUGGGGGCCCGCAGAUGAGAACCCCGUCAACACGAGAUUGGCACAGGUUGGUGAGAUUGAAGCAGAAAAGAUUGGGGAGACCGGCGUCCGCAGCUCUGGCAUCUGGUUGGGCGCAUGGACACGCCGAUAUGGCCGGUGCAUAAAAGAAUUCCGGAACCCUGCUCCUUUGGGACCGGGGGAGCUGCCCCUGGAGACUUCCAUGAUCCUUCCAGAAGAAUUUGAAGCACCAGCCAAGUGUCCCAGCAAACGACAGAGUGGGGAGGCUGGGAAUUUGCAAGCUCCCGUGGCUCCCACCUCAGGGCGAUCCGUGAUCUCGUCACCUCCGGGAGAGCUCGUGGCACUGGGCGGGUCGAGCCAAAAAGGCCCGUUUUUGACACUCGAGAGCAUCGUGGACCUCGGGCAGCUCUCGCAUGACAGAAACAGGCCCAUCGCAACAGAGCAGUUUGAGCAUGGGGAUGGGAUGGAGAAUGGGUUGCUCCCCCUGCAUGGGACCUCCAAGGCUUCCAUGAUGCUUCGCCGAAGCUUCUCCCGCCCCUUGUCGGCGCCAGUGGAUCCUCGCAAGCCUGGCUCAUGCCUGGCGCAGGGGCCCGAAGCCCUGGCCAGCCAGCCCCGUGCUUCCAGCUUUCUCAGCCCGAGCUUGGACCUGAGAACGCCGCGACAGCAGUCGGGUUACUAUGGCGGACUGGACACUACGAAAAGGGGUUACGCAACUCUGGUUGACGCGAUUCAGGACCAAAACAUAUACAAAUAA